AUGUCCGACAGAAAGGAGCUAGUAAAAAAUGCGAUUGAAUUUUUAUCAGAUCCCAAGAUUCAAGCCGCUCCAUUAACCAAGCGUAUAUCGUUCUUGGAAACUAAAGGACUUACGGCCGCUGAGAUAGAGGAUGCGGUUGCGCAGUCCGCAUCUUCGUCUACCGCAUCUCGGCCUUCGUCGGUCUACUCUUCUCCACAAAGCCAGUACACUUUCCAAAUACCACCACCCACCAUGGUGGCACCCCCGCCAGUUCCACAGCGAGAUUGGAGGGAUUACUUUAUUAUGGCGCUGGUGUCUGGUGGAUUGAUGUAUGGUUUGGCCGCACUCGCACGAAAAUAUGUUAUGCCUCAUCUGCAACCUCCAUCGGAGGAUGCUUUCGAAUCGGCCACUUCUCAGCUUACCGCUCAAUUUGACGAGGCUGCCACGCUAUUGAAACAAAUUCAAGACGAUACUGUCAAUGCGCGGACUGCGGUCCAACAACAACAGCAAGCUAUAGAUUCUGCUAUCGCGCAGGUUAAAAAUGUAAUGUCCGAACUGCGAACUGGAGAGGAGAAAUCCCAGAACGAGAUCCGGGAAAUCCGCAGCGAGGUGGACACCAUCCGGGAUAUGCUGCCCAAGAUGCUUGAAGCAAACAGGGAGGCACAAACGCAAGCUCUUUCGGAGCUUCAACAAGAACUAAAAUCCUUAAAAGCCCUCCUGGUGACCCGGCGCCCCGAGUCCCCAUCAACUCCUGGCUCAAUCCUAAAUCUUGGGCGUCCAAGCAUACCGGCCUGGCAACUUUCAGGUGGGGCAGAGGCUCCGACCUCCGGAGGAAACUCCAAAGUCCCGACCUCUGCAGAGAACCCCUCAAUGGCGGACUCUUGA